GCCGCCGGAAGUAGCCAGUGUCCAGCAGCAGCAGCAGCAUUUAGCUUUGUGAUUUCAUUUUGAUGUGUGCAAAGGACUCCAGGAAGAAACAUGUCACAGCCAACCAUCACGGUCACUGUUGCAAACGGGUCAAUUAAGCACAGCAUCACAUUAACUGUUCCUGACGAAGGGAAUGGUCCGACUGUCAAAGACUUGUCAGAUGCUCUCGUUCAAACCACCGGAGUCCCAGCGGCUUCACAGAAACUCAUUUUCAAAGGGAAAUCGCUGAAGGACAUGGAGGAAAGUUUAUCCACCUACGGGAUAAAAGGCGGCUGCAAGCUCAUGAUGAUUGGAAAGCGGAAUAGUCCUGAGGAAGAAGCAGAACUGAAGAAGCUGAAGGACAUUGAGAAGUCUGUGGAACUAACGGCUAAAAAGCUGGAGAAAGUAGACGGGGAGUUAACUGGACUCAAGAAUGGCUUCCUGGCCAAAGACCUGCAGGCAGAGGCUCUGGGGAAACUAGACAACAGAGUGAAAAUAGCAGCUGAGCAGUUCAUGAAGAUUCUGGAGCAGAUAGAUGCCAUGAGCCUCCCAGAAAACUUCAAUGACUGCAAAAUGAAGAAGAAGGGACUUAUAAAGACAGUGCAGGAUUUCCUGGCCCAGUGUGACAAGAUCGAGGCCUGUAUAUCAGAUCACCUGACAAAGCUCCAGUCGAAAAACCUUGCCCUGGCAGAUUAGCGCAACAAGCCUCCCUCGUCUGCUUUACGUUGCUCUGUGAGCAACUGAGACGUGUACAGAAAGCUUCGAGUGCGGAGCAGACCCUUGUUUAUUUAUUCUUGGUGUGAAGUGAAAUCCCUCAUCACAGACGCUCCUGGGAACCAAAGGAGGCCGGUUAACGACAGGGAUUCACGGAUUCAUCUCUCGGAGAUAUUAUAAACACAGGCACUCAGAGGUGCUUUGAAUUGUGGGAAAUUAAAUAGUGUGGAUCCUUUUAAUGCAUCUGAAACUUGUGAUCACUGCUCUAUACCUAUUCAAUUAUCCAUAAUGAUGUCAGCAAAAUGAAAGAUUCACCAGAAAAUGUGAAACAAGGAGAGAACAUGAUCAUUUUUUGUAUGGCAGUUUGUGGACGACCAAGUAAAAUGAGACUCGGAAUCCAAAAUGAUUUAGUUUCCUCGGGUCACAGCCUGCACUGUUCGUAGGAGGCCUUUCUGUACAAUUUGGGAACUUGGCUCAAGAUAAUUUCUCCAACUUCAGACACAAGAUUUGGGCCUUUACACCCUGUGUUCCAGGUAAAGUAAGAUGAAUAAAGAAAAUAAGGUGUAGCCCCAGACCACAGCACUGUCCACACACAUUUGGCCACAGAUUAUGUAUUCACUGUUCCAUUACCUCAUGAGUCAGUACCAAACUAGCAUUUGUUUAUUGCAGUGAGUGUUCAUGUGUGUGAACUGUGGCGUUUCAUUUGCUCUUAACCAUUUCAGAAGGACACACAGUUUUCCUUUGUUUUAAAAAAUAAAAACUUUUUGAAAUAUGAAAA